CGUCGUGGUUGCACAGGAAGUGACCGCCGAGCUAGGACCUUCUGGGCUCGCGCGUCAGGAAAAGACUAAACACUAGAUUGUAUGAAAAGAAAAUAGAAACCAUGUUUCGAAGACCUGUGUUACAGGUGCUACGGCAGUUUGUAAGACAUGAAUCUGAAACCACUAGCAGUUUGGUUCUUGAAAGAUCUUUGAAUCGUGUGCAGUUACUUGGGCGAGUGGGCCAGGACCCUGUGAUGAGACAGGUGGAAGGAAAGAACCCAGUCACAAUAUUUUCUAUGGCAACAAAUGAGAUGUGGCGGUCAGGAGAAAGUGAGACGUACCAGAUGGGUGAUGUCAGUCAAAAGACAACCUGGCACAGAAUCUCGGUGUUCCGGCCAGGCCUCAGAGAUGUGGCAUACCAGUAUGUGAAAAAGGGGUCUCGAAUUUUUGUGGAAGGGAAAGUCGACUACGGUGAAUACACAGACAAAAAUAACGUGAGGCGACAAGCAACGACCAUCAUCGCUGAUAACAUCAUAUUUCUGAGCGACCAGACAAGAGAGAAGGAAUAGAAUGGACAAUUCGUCUUUGGCUUUUAUUUGGUACAGUCUCAUUUUGAAAUCAUGUGUAAUGUAUAGUCUCAUCAGUUUCUAAGGACAAGAUUAAACACUCUUUUA